AUGGCAUUAUUCCUGUGGCUGGGGUCCCAGCUGUCAUCCUGCUGGAGCAGCUUCUCUAUCCUGGGAGUUUUUCUAACAGUCUUUACCUUACUUUUUGACUUCAUGAAGCGCAGGAGGAAGUGGAGCCGUUACCCGCCGGGCCCAGUGUCACUGCCAUUCAUUGGGACCAUGCUGUGCAUUGACUUCCACAACCCCCACCACUCCUUCAAGCAGCUUCGCAAGACGUUUGGGAACAUCUUCAGUCUCCAGAACUGCUGGACCAACGUGGUAGUACUAAACGGGUACAAAACAGUGAAGGAAGCCUUGGUCCACAGAUCAGAGGACUUUGCUGACCGGCCAUACUUGCCGAUGUAUGAACAUGUGGGCUACGGAGAUAAAUCUGAAGGGAUUAUUGCAGCAAAAUACGGGCAUGUCUGGAAGGAGCUAAGGAGAUUUGCACUCUCUACCUUGAGGAACUUUGGGAUGGGAAAGAGAUCCUUGGAGGAGCGAGUGACGGAGGAAGCUCGAUUUCUGUGUGCUGCAGUUAAUGCUGAAGAAGGCCAUCCUUUUGAUUUACGUUUUCUUGUCAAUAAUGCUGUCUGCAACGUGAUCUACACCACCAUCUAUGGAGAGCGUUUUGACUAUGGUGAUGAGACAUUCAAGAAGCUGUUACAUUUGUUUGAAAACUCCCUGAGAGAAGAAACUGGAUUCCUGCCUCAGCUUCUUAACGUGGUGCCCAUUUUGUUGCGUAUCCCUGGAGUGCCACAGAACGUCUUUCGAAAGCAAAAAGCAUUCAUGGACUUCAUAGACGUGCUCAUAGAUAAGCACAUGAAGACCUGGAACCCUGAUGACAUUCGAGAUUUCACUGAUGCGUUUUUAAAGGAAAUGGAGAAGGGUGAGGAGGCUGAAAAGAGUGGUUUCAACUAUAACAACCUUCGUCUGGUGACCGCAGACUUGUUUUCAGCUGGUUCUGAUACCACCGCCAUCACUCUCCGGUGGGCACUACUGUACAUGAUUCUCCACCCGGAAAUACAGAGUAAGGUCCAAGCAGAGAUCGAUAAAGUGAUUGGCAAAGAGCAAUCACCCACUAUGAAGGACCAAGUGAACAUGCACUACACCAAUGCUGUGAUCCAUGAAACACAACGCAUGGGGGACAUCGCUCCUGUUGGACUACCUCACAUGACGUACCGGGACACGGAGUUGCAAGGCUUCUUCAUUCCCAAGGGGACAACAAUCAUCACCAACUUGUCUUCCGUGCUGAAGGAUGAGGCAGUCUGGGAGAAGCCAAACGAGUUCUACCCUGAACACUUCCUGGAUGCAAACAGGCAGUUUGUGAAGCCAGAGGCCUUCCUGCCUUUCUCAGCAGGUCGCCGUGCCUGCCUGGGGGAACAGCUGGCCAGGAUGGAGCUCUUUAUCUUCUUUACCACACUCCUGCAGAAAUUCACCUUUGUGCUCCCCAAAGACCAGCCCAGGCCACGGGAGGAUGGUCGCUUUGCCCUCACAAGCUCCCCACACCCAUUCCUGGUACAAGCUAUCCCAAGAUAAAUGUGCACCGCUCUCCUUUCACUCACACACCACCAAUGCAAACUGUGUUAGGAAGGUUGCAGGUCUAGGGCAGGACCAUGCCAGGUUCCACUCAAGACCUCUUUAAUUCCAGACCUGGAUUAUGAAUGGGACAGCCAUAGCAAGUUAUGAACUAUGAUCAAAUCUGCAAGUACAUAUAUGCCUCAUUAGCCAGCUCUGCUGUACUCUGGGCUCUCAUCAGUUGCAGAAGCAGUUCACUGAGUGCCCAGCUGCUGAAAGAAUCAUUAGUCCUGAAUUUUAUUGAAAAAACCAAGGGUAUCCUGGGUAAAACACAACCCUGGGGGCUAGCCAAUUCUAGGAACAAAAAACAACCUUGGAAACACCUCUAAGGUCCUCCUGGCCCGUGCUCCUCCUAGCUAGCCCUACUGCAUACCCAGCCACACUGCCUCCCAUGAGGUGCUGUCCCACAGCCUUUGCCUGGUGCCCAGGGGAGUCCAGUUGUAGAUUUCAGAGCUACCUCUCCUUCUGCAGUAUUCAUGACAAAUUGUUUUGCAAGGUGUUAAGAUAUGGCGAUGAUCAGCUCAGUAGCUGCUUUUUAACCACAUGGCUGACAUGACCAUAGCAUA